AUGAAGUUCACUGCUGCUGCUGCUCUCGCUCUUGCCACCGUGGUUGUGGCUCAGCCCUCCGUCCGCGGUCGCUCUGUCACUCACAUCCCUGCUCCUGCUGGCAUGACUGUCUCCCAGGGAGCCGACUCUUGCGGUGACAACGCCCAGCUCUCUUGCUGCAACAAGGCCACUUAUGCCGGUGACACCACCGACAUUGACAGCGGUUUCCUGUCUGGCGUCUUGAGCAACCUCCUUGGCGCUGGCUCCGGCUCCCAGGGCAUUGGCCUGGCCGAUGAGUGCUCCCCACUUGACCUCCAGGCCCUUAACAUUGUUGGUCUGCAAAACUUGCUCAACGACCAGUGCGAGCAGACUGCCGCCUGCUGCCAGGGCAGCGGCAGCGACACUGAGGGCAACCUUAUCGGCGUGGGUCUUCCCUGCCUUGCUCUGGGAUCGCUUCUGUAA